UAACCUUAGAACUUUAUAAAUGUUAUCGAGUUAAUUUCAAAUAUUUGCAUGCAUCUUUUCCAAACAAUUAAAAGUAGAAAAGUUGAUACACCUCUUGACCCACGCACGCCGUUAAUUUCCCAAACAACCACAUCCAUUCGAAUUGGCGUGAAAAGCCAACAACAUGAAAUGACGCUUCGCUAAAAAUAGCCACAAAAUUUUUCAUAUAAUAUUUUUAAACGAAAAUCAUCUUGAAAAUCGGCUAAAAAGAUCGAAAACACAAACAAAUCCGCCGGCAUAUAAAAUGAACGAGCGCCGAAAAUGUUCAGUUCAAAAACGCAGCGAACGCGUAGCAGUAAAGACGAGCACGAGCGGAAAAUCGCGAAAAAGCGCGGAAACAAAAACAAAAUUGUGAAAUUUUAUUAUCUUCAUUAAGUGCAAAUAAAAGUGUUCUUCUCUACUUUCCAUUUCACUGCCAAUUGUGACCUUGUAACCUUGUGCAACGGUACACCACAAAUUUUGGAUUUUGCUGUUGAACCGUAGAUGUCAGUAGUGCCCCUAAUGUUCCGUGACUGGUGGGAUGAUUUUGAAUUUCCAACGCGCACUUCGCGCCUCUUGGACCAACAUUUCGGCACAGGACUAAGACGCGAUGACCUGAUGUCAUCCGUUUGGAACUCCCGCCCAACAAUGUUGCGUUCCGGCUACCUGCGCCCAUGGCAGCGCUCACCCACCAGCUUGCAGAAGCAAGAAUCCGGUUCCACAUUGAAUAUUGACAACGAGAAAUUCGAAGUCAUUUUGGAUGUACAACAAUUCACACCCAAUGAGAUCACCGUCAAGGUGACCGACAAGUUUGUGCUCGUUGAGGGUAAGCACGAGGAGCGCCAGGAUGAGCACGGCUUUGUGUCCAGACAGUUCUCCAGACGUUAUAUGCUGCCAAGCGACGUUAACCCUGACAACGUGACUUCAUCCCUGUCAUCGGACGGUCUUCUGACCAUCACCGCCCCCAUGAAGAAGCUGCCUCCUCCUGCCACUGAACGUGUGGUGCCCAUCUCGCAAACCGGCCCAUCCUCGAAGGAAGACAAUGCCAAGAAAAUCGAGACCACCACCGCCUAAGUCACUCCCGCGACUUCGGUUGAAACAGACUGUUUUCCAUUUUCAUUUUUAGUCAUGCAUUCAAAAUGCAUUUUCAGUUACUUAGCAUAAAUAAUAAUCAUUUACAAUUUUAUAAUUUAUUUUUUUAUACUAAAGAAAAAAAUAAAAAAUAAGAAACAAAACAAAAACUUAA